AUGGUAUACCAGCAGCCUGGUUGGCUCGAGGAGCCUGCAACUGCGACAUUAGCCGCGUUCCGCGAUUACAUCACAUACGACAUCCUCGCCAACCCAUCCCUUCACGCCUACCUCAAGACCCCGGCCGGCCGUAAGAUCCUCAAGGAGUACCUCGCCGACUUCCUCUUCGUGCGAAGCAAGAAGCUCAACGGCUUUGCACGCAGCCAUGUGACGGACUUUAUCCGCGCUAUCCUGCGUGCGAUGGGUCCAUGGAUCGUCAACGACGUGGAAGAGACUGCACUCAGGAAGGCGCUGUGUGAGCUGUUCGUUCGCAACCACAGCGACGCGUUCAGAUGCGUUACCACUGACUUUAACAAACUUGGAUACUACAUGCCGAAUACCAUUCGGGUCACUGAUGCUGCUCUGAUUGCUGCAGCCGCCGCAACCGGAAAGCUCGACGCGUUGAAGCACUUCGUCGGCGCUAAUAAGUGUCUGCUGUGGUCGCAUUCACUGGCUUUUGGUUACCCACUUGACGCCGCGGUGUAUGCGGGCCAAGAUGUUGUCACCAAGUCGAUCGUGAAGCAGGCAGUUACCAAACAGAACCGAGACGUCGCUGGAUACUCCUACAGCGAGCACGUAUCCUUCCGCCAAGCCAUCUGCACUACCAUCGAACUGGAAGACCAGCCUAUGACCAACUACCUCCUAGCUAAGUACAUCACUGCAUUUGGUUCCGCAACCGAAACCUGCAUGAAAGUCUGGCUAGACAAGGCCAUCCAACUCAGCAACGAAGAAAUCCUCAAGCUUCUUCUUGCUUUGCCUUCGCAAUCCGGUCCAUCAACCAUCUACGCCGCUUUCGAAACAGCGUGUCGUCUUUCAAAGCCAGAUCUCCUGCAUCUACUCUUCGGUCCUCAAGUUGGUCAGUUCACUUUGUUGGUGAACCACAUCCAAGGCUCCACAUACCCCCUCCUCACCGCCGUAAACGCAUACACAACCGGCACCUUCAUCAGGUCGCUGUUGGAACUAGGCGCCGAUACCAACGGUCCCGCGUACCUAGCCGGUCUCGAGCGGCCCCUCCAAGCAGCGACGCGGUAUGGUCGCAGCAUCGCUUGUCUGGUCUUACUUGGAGCUGGUGCUAAUCCGCAUUUGGUUACACCUGGAAGUUUGGCAUGGGUUGAGAGUGUGAAGAAGAGGUACCGGGAGGAUACGAGGGCGGGUAGGGUGUUCAGGGAAGCGCUUGAGGUUUGCGAGGCGCCUAAGGUAGCGAGGGACGAGGACUUUCUUGUUGAGGUGACUGAGGCGGAUGGGGACGUGGAGGUAGAUGGUGGUGAUGAGGUGGAUGUGGGGGAUGUCUAG